AAACAGAGCGUAAUCGGGCAAAGGUAAGUUAUAGUGUUCCGACCGACCUUCUCAUCCUCUUCCAACACUACCAUAAACUCUUGCUUUCACAAAGAAGAUUGAUAAUCGCAAUCGAGAUGGCGAGCACGAUUGAUUCCGCCGGAGAGCCAAUCCCGACUUCGGCCGUACUCAUGGCGUCUUCGAAACAUAUAGCAACGAAAUGCAGAAUUGAGAACAUGGCGUUCAUCAAUUGCAAGAAGAAAGAUCCCAACCCAGAGAAAUGUCUUGAUAAAGGUCAGGAGGUCACUCGUUGCGUUCUAGGCCUGUUGAAAGGGCUUCAUCAGAGGUGCACGAAAGAGAUGGAUGCAUAUGCAGGUUGCAUGUAUUACCAUACCAACGAGUUUGAUUUAUGCCGCAAAGAACAGCAAGUGUUUGAGAAGGCAUGCCCGUGGAAUGAGUAAUUGAAGAGGCAUUUAAUCCUGAAUAACAUGGGACAGUGUACUGCAAGACAAACACAUCUGUUGCUUUUUCUUAACUAAAUCAUAUGGAUGGAAUGCUUUCUUUCCAUUGGGUUCAAAUUUUUCUUGAGAAGAUGGUUGGCCUAUAGACAGCAUUUUUUCUAUACCGCAGCAGCUGCUGUAGUAAUUGGCAUUUACUUGUUUAUCUGCA